AAGUUUAGACUUCAGAAUAAAAAUUAAUUCCUAAACAGUCGGCAUGUCUUCUCCACUUCUUCCGUCUUCUCAUCUAAACUCUCCCAUGAUGGCCAUGUCCAUCUCAUUGUUCUACUCCUAGGGUUCUAACAUCAUCGCAAGUAGACAAAACUCCAUUUGCUUCUAAACUAAAAUUGUACUUCAUUUACUUAAUAAAAUAACAUCUCUCUUAGUCUUUCCUAGGAUUAAACCUUUAUAUUCAAGAUGGGUCAAGAGCAAUAUUUCGCACCUCAGAAGAGAACGUCCGGCGGUGUUCUCCCUACAGCCAACCUCAACGGAAGGACAUCAGCCCGUGUAGCAAUGCCUCGUGGCAGGCAGAUCCAGAAGACUUUUAACAACAUCAAGAUCACUAUCCUUUGUGGCUUUGUCACGAUCCUCGUCUUACGUGGCACUAUCGGCUUUGGGAAUUUGGGAAGUUCUGAUGCUGACGCUGUUAAUCAGAACCUUAUCGAAGAGACCAACCGAUUCCUCGCGGGGAUCCGUUCUGACAAUGAUCCCAAUGACCCCCAAGACCCAGCCGAGUCCGAGUUUAACCCAAAUAUUACCUACACUUUGGGUCCGAAAAUAUCCACCUGGGAUCAAGAUCGUCAAGCCUGGCUUGCUCAAAACGGUGAGUUUCCUAAUUAUGUUAAUGGAAAACCGAGGUUUUUGUUAGUGACUGGAUCGCCUCCUAAGCCUUGUGAUAACGCUAUUGGUGACCAUUACUUGUUGAAGAGUAUUAAGAAUAAGAUAGAUUAUUGUAGGAUUCAUGGGAUUGAGAUUGUUUAUAAUAUGGCUCAUUUGGAUAAAGAGUUAGCUGGGUAUUGGGCGAAAUUGCCCUUGAUUAGGAAGUUGAUGUUGUCUCAUCCUGAAGUGGAGUGGAUUUGGUGGAUGGAUAGUGAUGCGAUGUUUACUGAUAUGGUGUUUGAGAUUCCUGUUGCCAAGUAUGAAAAUUAUAAUUUGAUUGUUCAUGGGUAUCCUGAUUUGAUGUUCGAUCAGAAGUCGUGGAUUGCGUUGAACACUGGAAGUUUCUUAUUUAGAAAUUGUCAGUGGUCGUUGGAUUUGCUUGAUGCAUGGGCUCCAAUGGGACCAAAAGGGGUGGUAAGAGAGGAGGCAGGGAAGAUUUUGACGGCUAAUCUGAAAGGGCGGCCGGAUUUUGAGGCAGAUGAUCAGUCUGCUUUGAUUUACUUGUUGUUGUCACAGAAGGAUAAGUGGAUAGAUAAGGUGUUCCUGGAGAAUCAGUAUUAUUUGCAUGGGUAUUGGGCUGGGUUGGUUGAUAGGUAUGAGGAGAUGGUGGAGAAAUACCAUCCAGGGUUAGGAGAUGAAAGGUGGCCGUUUGUGACUCAUUUUGUUGGUUGCAAGCCUUGUGGGAGUUAUGGGGAUUAUCCAGUUGAGAGGUGCUUGAAGAGCAUGGAGAGGGCUUUUAAUUUUGCAGAUAAUCAAGUUCUUAAGCUAUAUGGAUUUGGUCAUAGGGGAUUGUUGAGUCCCAAGAUUAAGAGGAUCAGGAAUGAGACAACUACUCCUUUGGAGUAUGUGGAUCAGUUUGAUAUUCGCCGUCCUGUGCAUGAGAAGAGUGGAUUACAGAGCUAGGACAGUGAAAAUGAGACAUCAUAUUCAAUGUGUCAUAGUGUGUAGGUAAUGUAAUUCCUCAGUUACAAAUCAGAGUUUAAAUUUGUCAACGGUUUUUACAUUUAAGUAAGUUUGACUUGGAAUCUUGUCUCGGUGUUCCUUAGAAAACAAACUGAGUACAAUUCUUUAUAGACGUUAUUGUCUUCAGUUAUUUAUGAAAGAAAUGUACACUAAUCUUGCAGUUUA